AUGCGAGGGGUGCAGGCAGGAGCGGCGGCGCCGGGGGCCGUUUGCGGGGCCGUUUGCCCCGCGCCCGCCUCGCGCUCACGCUGCCUCUGCCUUGUGCCGCUGCAGGGGCAGCGCAUCGUGGAGGUGGACAUUGACGGGCGGCUCCACCGCAUCAGCAUCUACGAUCCCUUGAAGAUCAUCACCGAGGACGAGCUGACCGCCCAGGACAUCACCGAGUGUAACAGCAACAAGGAAAACAGUGAGCAGCCCCUUUUCCCUUCCAAAUCCAAGAAGACCCCUUCCAAAGGCAAGAAGAAGGAGUCCUGCUCCAAACAUGCUCCAGGGACAUCUCUACACUUGCCCCAGCCCAACUUCCGUGUCGUGGAGUCCCCUGGGCAGCCGGCAGCCCCCCCUCUCCCUGCUGCCUACUACCGAUACAUCGAGAAGCCCCCGGAGGACCUCGAUGUGGAGGUGGAGUAUGACAUGGAUGAGGAGGAUCUGGCCUGGCUAGAAAUGGUCAAUGAGAAGAGAAGGGACGAUGGCUACGGCACGGUUUCUGCUGACACUUUUGAGCUGCUGCUGGACCGGCUGGAAAAGGAGUCGUACCUCGAGAGCCGCAGCAACGGGGCGCAGCAGUCGCCGAUCGACGAGGACGCCUUCUGCUGCGUCUGCAUGGACGACGAGUGUCACAACAGCAACGUCAUCCUCUUCUGCGAUAUCUGCAAUUUGGCCGUGCACCAGGAGUGUUACGGAGUGCCCUACAUCCCAGAAGGGCAGUGGCUUUGCCGCUGCUGCCUGCAGUCCCCUUCUCGCCCCGUGGAUUGUGUCCUUUGUCCCAACAAAGGUGGAGCCUUCAAGCAGACCAGCGACGGUCGCUGGGCUCACGUGGUUUGUGCCAUCUGGAUCCCGGAGGUCUGCUUUGCGAACACUGUGUUCCUGGAGCCCAUCGAAGGCAUCAACAAUAUCCCCCCUGCUCGCUGGAAGCUCACGUGCUACAUCUGCAAGCAGAAGGGCAUGGGAGCUGCCAUCCAGUGCCACAAGGUGAACUGUUACACUGCCUUCCACGUCACCUGUGCCCAGCGGGCCGGUCUCUUCAUGAAGAUUGAACCCAUGAGGGAGACCAGCGUCAACGGCACGACGUUCACGGUGCGCAAAACUGCCUUCUGCGGGAGUCACUGCCCACCCGGCACGGUGAGGAAAGGGUCUCUGGCUGCUGCCAGCGACGGGGAGGAGGACACUGUGAAGGAGGACAGAGAGGGGGAAGCCAAUUCUUGCCCUCCCAAAGCAUCCCUGAAAAAGAAUAAAGUGAAAUUGAAGCAGAAGAUCAAAAAGGAGCCUGGUGAUGUGACUAAUGGGCGUUCUGUGCCCAUGGUGACAGUCACACAGAUCCCAUCUUACAGGUUGAACAAAAUCUGCAGCGGCCUCUCUCUGCAGAGGAAGAACCAGUUCAUGCAGAGGCUGCACAACUACUGGCUGCUGAAGCGGCAGGCGCGGAACGGGGUGCCCCUCAUCCGCCGCCUGCACUCGCACCUGCAGUCGCAGCGGAGCGCGGAGCAGAAGGAGCAAGAUGAGAAGACCAGUGCAGUGAAGGAAGAGCUGAAGUACUGGCAGAAGCUGCGGCAUGACCUGGAGCGGGCACGGCUGCUCAUCGAGCUCAUCCGGAAGAGGGAGAAGCUCAAGCGGGAGCAGGUAGGUAGCUCUGGGGAAGGUGCAGCGACGCUGGACCUGCUGCAGGAGAAGGAUGCUGCUCAGAUCUUUGCCGAGCCCGUUAACCUGAAUGAGGUUCCAGAUUACCUGGAAUUCAUUUCCAACCCAAUGGAUUUUUCCACCAUGAGGCGGAAGCUGGAGUCCCACCUGUACCGAACGUUGGAUGAGUUUGAGGAAGACUUUAACCUUAUAGUUACCAACUGCAUGAGGUAUAAUGCUAAAGACACCAUUUUCCACCGAGCAGCUGUCCGGCUCCGAGACCUCGGAGGAGCGAUUUUGCGUCAUGCACGGCGGCAGGCUGAAAACAUCGGCUUUGACACUGAUGUGGGGAUUCACCUGCCCGAGUCACCCAAAACUGAGGACUUUUACCGCUUUUCUUGGGAGGAUGUGGAUAACGUCCUGGCGCCCGAGAACCGCGCGCACCUCUCGCUGGAGGCGCAGCUGAAGGAGCUGCUGGAGAAGCUGGACGUGGUGAGCGCCAUGCGCUCGAGCGGCGCCCGCACGCGCCGCCUCCGCCUCCUCCGGCGCGAGAUCAACGCCCUGCGGCAGAAGCUGGCCCAGCAGCAGAGCAGGAGCCUCCCCAACGGCGAGGCCGCGGCGCGGGAAGAGGGGCUGGAUACAGCGGCGAGGGAAGGCGACGAGGAAAGGGAGAGAGGAGUGACCAACGGCUUUGGGAAGCACUUGGAAAGCAGCUCUGACUCCGAAUGCGGCUCCGGCCCGGGCGCCGGGCCGGGGUUUGAAGCCCAUGGUGGCUCGACGCCCCCCAAGCGAAGCCGAGGGAAGCCGGCCCUUUCCCGGGUGCCCUUCUUGGAAGGCAUCAACGGCGGCUCCGAUUACGGCGCCUCGGGCAGGACCCUCCUGAUGUCCUUCGAGAACCAGGCCAAGCUGGAGCCCCUGGAGCUCGUGUGGGCCAAGUGCCGCGGUUACCCCUCCUACCCUGCCCUGAUAAUCGACCCCAAGAUGCCGCGGGAGGGGCUGCUGCACAACGGCGUCCCCAUCCCCGUGCCCCCCGUGGACGUGCUGAAGCUGGGCGAGCAGAGGCAGGCGGAGGCUGACGAGAAGCUCUUCCUUGUCCUCUUCUUUGACAACAAGAGAACCUGGCAGUGGCUGCCGCGGGACAAGGUCUUCCCGCUCGGGGCCGACGACACCGUGGACAAGCUGAAGAUGCUGGAAGGCCGCAAGAGCAGCAUCCGCAAGUCCGUGCAGGUGGCCUACGACCGCGCCAUGAUCCACCUGAGCCGCGUGCGGGGCGACCACCCCUUCAUCACCUCCAACUAUCUGUAG